UAAAGUAGAUUAGGUUUAGGUUUAGGUUAGGCGAAGGAGUUCACGAACAGUAAGAUCAGUCGCGAAGGAAGUGGAUAGAAGUUGGUCUGAGGGGAAGUUCGGUCGUUCAGUACGCGGCUCGGGUACGCCGUACGUUCGUUUCUAUCAACGGACACCAUGAUGAUUAAGUAAAUGAUGCGUCCGCGAUAACGAGAGGCAGAAGCACGACCGACCCAUCCGUGCAUAGCCGUAUAUAUCACAGAGCGGCACAUGGAUGCGACGAACGGACAGAAGCCCCACGCGGGGCAGCCUUCCACCAGCACGGGGCAACUCUCCACCUCGGACAAAGGCAAGGAAUGGCAAAUGGAGUUGCUGAUGGAGAAAUUACGUUCCAAGUCUUCUACAUUGAAGCCUCUGGUGGAAACUGCUAAAAACAUGCGUAUGGCGAUGUUGGACAAGCGGUACACAAUUGAUAGCGUGGAGAAAAACCAGUUGCAGAAAUGUUUGGAUACUUUACAGCAUUCCAUCAAAGUUACCUCCUUCCAAUCUAUGGUAGAGCGAUUAGAAAGCUUAACGAGGCAGUUAGGAUUAAAGUUCAUGAUGUCUGGUCCUCCAGGCACAGAAAUAUUUAUAUCCUCCGAUAUGUUCUUCUUGGAGGUCUUGUUAGAGCCAUCAGGACAUGUUAGAGAGGUUAAGAUCCAUCAUGAAGGAAAAAGCGAGCAGCAAAGUUGCGAAGUAUUAGCUUCAUGCCUGUCGCGCGGUGACUUUGUUGAUUUCACUACUCAGCUGGAAGGACUGGUAUCUAUAUAUCAGUUAAAUGCUGAUAAGAAAGUGAAGUGCAAAGCUUUCAGCGCUCUGCAAUCUCUGGAGGCCGACUUAGGCGUUCUGGCGCAAUUGCAAACAUUCAUGAAGGAGCCAUUCAAUCUGGUGCACAAAAGUCCUGUUGGAAUUCUAGAGAGAAGAAGAGGCGGCCACCCGAUGAAACUCACGUACUUCGUCUCCCCGUACGAUUUAAUCGAUCUUGAGAAUCGCACCUAUGAUACGCUGAAUCCCGACAUCAUCAUCAAACGAAAGAUCGGUCAUUCAGUGACUGUCUGUAUGGAAGGUUCAACGGGUCACAAGUUACCGACAUCUAGUAUUAUAACUGUAAAUAGGAGCCCCACUGGAAAGAGCACACCAUCGUACGCUCCACUGACUAGUGCCAACUCGUCCAUGCUGCCCGCUUGUUUCGUCCUGAAGCUAGGUAAAAAGAUGCCGAUCUGCAUGGAACUGGUGAAGAGGAUACAGAAAGUCACAGAGCUCGAGUGCGGCGACAUCUCCGCGCCUCAUCCGUUACUCAGCCUGAUAAUACAGCACGCGAGUGACGGGCAAUUGGACUGCCGCAAUAACAGAGGGUUGUAUGUGACCUUAACGGACCAGCAGCACUGCUACUUCAUGACGGAGAACAAGAAUAUGGAGGGCGUACUCGUGUGUAGCAUACCCUUCACGCACCCGGCGCACGUGCCGCAGAUCCUCGUGUACCUGCGACAACAGGCGCUGUUCAACUGCCUGAUCGCGAGCUGCGUAAGACCGAUGGCCCGGCAGGACCCGGACACAACGAUACUCGAGGUAAGCGCAUUGUCGUGGCAGCACGUAUCCGUGAGCGUAGAACACCCGUUCGAAGAGACGAUGGCUACGGCGGAGCUGGAUCUGACGGACAUCUCCGCGCUUCGGUGCAAGCUAUACGGUGUAAGUAUGACGAACGCGGAGCAGACAUCGGAUCUCGCCGGCAAGGUGUUGCAACGUUGCCUCAGCAUACCGCUGACGAUGAGAACGCUGUUGAAGAUCUGGGAGGGCCGUAACACCCUGCCGACGAUGAGCGCUCUGACCGGCGCGAUCGGCGGCGUCGGCGGUGGUAGCAGCAACGGCAGCUACAACAUCAAUCUGGGCUCUGGUAAGGAUCAGAGUGGUCAGAACGGUACCGCUGGUAUGCCGGAUUUCACGAACGGCGAUGUGAAAAUCAAACAAGAGCCCGGCUUGAACAACGGCAACGGCAGUAUAGGAGGGAGGCAACAGCAGUCGUCGCAUCAGAUUUCGCCGCAGCAGCAGCAGCAACAGCAACAACAACAACAGUCGCAACAACAACAACAGCAGCAGCAGCAGCAGCAGCAGCAGCAACAACAACCACAGCAGCAGCCUUUUUUAGAUGCCGGAACGGAAAAUAGUAUCGGUUUUCCGUCGUAUUCCGGCCAAUCCGAUACGACAGGCAAUGCCUCCGCUAUGCUGAAUCCAUUGCAGUUGGGUGCGCUGUUAGGACAGGCGAAGAACUCUCUGUCUAAUGCGAACGCGAGUGAGCGUAGCAAAAAGACCCGCAAGAGAAAGGCGGCGGACGGUCUCUGGCGCAGCCCGAAAAGAAAAGGCGACGCCAGCGACGGUGCCGGCGGCGCCACGACAGCUGCGGAGAUCCUGCUGGAGAGUUCGAGCUCUGACUCGACGCCAUUGGGCACGCCCACCGGCGGUAGAGAGAACCUGACGGAGACCCGAACGUCCACUCCUACCUCAACCUCGGCGGCGAGCUUGGCCAGCGGCAUGGAUUUCUCGAACCUCGACGCCACGGACAUGCUUGGCACCGACAAAAGCUCCGACUACGAUCUCGACAACGAAAGCGGCGAGAUCAUGGAGGUGCACACGACCGCGGAGCAGCUGCAGCAGGACGUGGAGGAGUUGAUGAAGCGUGAACGUAAGUCGAAGAAAUCGCGCGACGAGAAAAAAGCGAGCCCGACGAAUAUAUUCGUCGACGAGAGUAAGAGCCUGGUGCCACCUUCUGUAAGUAUCACCCCAAUCACAUGCGGUAACCUGGAUCAAAGCGCCAACUAUAAUUCCGUGCUUACGGGAAUGGGUUUGGAAAGGAGGCCAGGUAUCGAGAUCAUACCCAUCGCUUCGUCGCCGCAAACUAGCCUACCAAGCUCAAUCACGAUCACACCGAUAGCCGGCCCAGCGGCUAACGUAUCCACGUCCAAGGGCCUGACGGAAGAGCGCCGUGAGCGGAAGAGCGGCAAGAGCGGCAAGAGCACUACGGCCGCGAGCGAGGAUAAAGGUGGCAAGCUCGAGAAGCGGCGCAAACGCAAGCGCGAGGACAGUCCGAUGGGUCCGCCGCCGGACAAGCUGCCGCCGAAGCCGCCUCCGCAGCAGCAACAGCAGCAGGACCCACUGUUGAAGCCGGUGUCGGUGAGCAUCAAGCCGACGGAGCAGUCACCGCCGAGUCUGAGCUCGACGCGACCGACUUCGCCCGCCGGCACGGUGAAAAAGUUCAGCCCGUCACCGACGCAUCCAAGCUCGCUCGCGCUCGUAGGUAAGUCCAGUCCCACAUUGAAACAGUCAGCCAUCAGCAAACCGGUGCAAAGUCCGAAGCACUCGCCGGUCUACGGCAGCAGCCCGAAGCAUAACGCGCCGGUGCCGGUACCGCCGGUGCCGACCAUGCCGAUGUCUGUGACGGUUCCUGCAGCUGUGUCGGUCGCUGUGUCGGUUCCCGUGCCAGUGCCAGUUCCGGCGAGCGCGAGCCCGAAGCACGGCACGUCGUCGCCGAAGCACGGCAGCUCUGCCGGCAGCGGCAAGCCAAGCAUGUCCGCUCUCAAAUCGGCGGCGAACUCGCCGUCCGGUAAAACCUCCGACCAGGCGACUCCGUCCAAGGUCAAGUCCUCGUCGUCGUCGUCGUCGUCGUCGUCGUCGUCGUCGUCGUCAUCGUCGUCGAGCAAAGAUUCUGGACGCGACAAAGAUAGAAAGACAUCGUCCGUCGGCUCGUCCAGUUCGUCCACUGGUCAUCAGAGCCCGAAGACCAAGUCGUCCAGCGGAAAGCUGAAGCAACUGGAGAUUAUUCCCAGUAGCGGCGCCGGUACUAGCGCUGGCGAGACGCAAGUUUCAUUGUCCAGCAGCGGCGGCAGCACUCCGCCCUCUGGCCAAGUGGAUGCGGCCAAGUCCGCGCAGGCUCAGCAACAGGCGCGGAAUCGUAAGAGUUCUUUGAACGCGGUGAUCGACAAAUUAAAGAACGCACAGCAUUGCACCGAGGACGGUGGCAACGGCAGCGCCAAGAGUUCGUCCAGUGUUGGCGGUAGCGGCAGCGGCAGUGGUAGUGGUGGAAGCGGCAGUGGAAGUAGUAGUGGUGGCAGCGGACCGCAGAAGGAGGGACGUGGUGUGAGUGGGUCGUCCGGAAAGAUUGCUGAGGGGAAGUCCUGCAUCGGCAAGAACUCUUCCAUUGACUCUUCCAAGAAUCCAGCCGAAUACAUGGUGAAACACAGUUCGGAUGGUAUCAAGAUCACCAUCAACAAAACACGCACGAAAGAUUCGAAAUCGGGAGGCAACCUGAAGCUAUCGUCGUCGUCCUCGUCCUCGUCUUCAUCCUCGUCAUCUUCCUCGUCCGUUGCAGCUGGCGCGACCGGUGCGUCCUCCGGUUCAUCGGUAGCGUCUUCUUCAUCAUCCGUGACGUCUGGAAAUGGCUCGCCAAAGACCCACACCGGCCUGAAGCCUGGAGUUAACUCAGGACCGGCGUCAAAGAAGCCUACGCAGUGUUCGCCAAAGUUACUGAAUCAAAAGAUGCUGGCGAUGAAGUCGAUCUCUGGUUCAGCGAGUUCUGGCGCAAGUACCGCGGGCACAGGUGCGGGUGCAGGCGCGGGUGCGGCCGGGGGUGUCAGCGGCGGCGGCGGUGGUAGUGGCGGUAGCAACCCGUUGUCCAAAAGCGGGUCGUCCUCCAAGUCCUCCGGCUCGCCAAAAACCUCUGGCACAGGGCCGACCGACCUUAGUCGCGGUCGCGACAAGCCUCGCACUCAGAAAUCCGGCGAUAAGGGGGUGUUCGCCUCGAAGAGUCUCGGCGACGCCAGGAAGUCCAGUCCUUCUGCUCUGCGCGAAGAUAACGAAAACGAGCGGGCGUACAAGUUGUUAGCCGCGCACGCCUCGAUGUCGAGUCUGCCACCGAGUCUGCCGCCGCAGCUGGUCAUGGAGGGCCUGAUGAAGCAGUUGGACACCAAAUUUCAGAUCCCGAAGUUGUCGGCUCGCGCGAAUGUCGACGCCGCCGACAAGAAAUGUUCCGAAAAGCUGUCCAUGCUGCCGGACCCUGCCAAGACCCUGGACGGCUUGACGGUGAAGCAACAAGAACAGCAGAGCAAGAUCGCGAAUCUAUCGAACCCGGUGACGGUGUCGAGCAAAUUGAUGGCGGACGAGCAGCCGAGCCAGCCGAGCAGACGAGACCACGCGCAGACCAAGCCGGACAACCUGUCGAUCUCCACGAGCGCCGGCGCGAUGUCGCUGAGCCUCGCCACCGAGAACACCGGCGGCCUAAUGUUGCCGCCGCAAUCGGCCGCGGACUCGGACGUGCCGACGAACCUGUCCAUGCAGCCGAUAGACAGCGAGUCUCGCGACCCGUGCAAGGACAUAGGUACAAUCGGGAGGACGAGCAGUCAGCCAUUUCUCAGUAAGGACGACACGAACGCCGGCGUGAUUGGCGUUCUCGGCAAGAGCGGCGCCGAUCAGCUGGCAUCGUCCGCUUCUAAAGCUUACGCAGGGACCCUCACGAGCUCUGGCGCGACCACCGCGCCGUCGAGCAGCGGCUGCACCGUCGCCGAGAGCUUGAAUCUGAGUACCAAGCCGGCUGACGCCGCGUUGGUCAAAUACAACAAGAUCGCUGAUGAGAAGAAGCAGGUAACGUGCGGACCACCACCGCCUUCGUCUUCCUCCUCCUCAUCGUCGUCGUCGUCGAUCUUCUCAUCAAUGGGCAGCGCUGGCGGCAGCGCGGGAGUCGUCGCGACUCCCGACAGCGGUGCGAAUAUCAGUAAGGUCACCGACCCCACGGGAGUGAGCAGCGGCAACGGUAAUGGUGGCGGCGGCGGCAGCGGCGGUAGCGGCGGCGGCAGCGGCGGCGGCAGUGGCGGCGGCGGCGGCGGCAGCAGCAGUGGCAGUGGCGGCGGCAGUGGCGGUGGCGGCGGUACCGCGAGCUCCCAAGAGGCGGCAGAGAUGUUACUGGACUUCUCCACCGCCAAGGACGUAACGAAGAGCCUGACACACCUAACGACCAUCCCCGAGCGGGCGAUGACGCAGGCGGCGCCAGUGCGCCGCAACACUCCGCCACCACCGCCUCCUCCACCACCGGCUUUCCCACCGGCGAGUCCCUCCGUCAGUGUGCACAUCGUCAAGAGUCCAGCGCCGAGUCCACGGGUGAUCCCGCCUUCACCGCACUCUGCGUCGCCGUGCAUCACCGACGACGAACUCAUGGACGAGGCGUUGGUUGGGAUGGGCAAAUGAAGAUUACUUAAACUGUAAGAAUACUCGAGGUUCCGUUGCCUUGACUACGCGUCUUCUGGACCUCCACAUGGGUCGUCUCGAGGAUCGCUCGAAGUUACUUCCCCUUCCUCGUCGCCGAGACCGAUUGUAAAUCUUUCGCGAUGAUAUCGCACUCGCAUUCGCAUGACCGACAUAGCGAUGACGAUGCAUCACGCACUUUCGUUCUCGGUUUCACUCGACGAGAAGCUCGUCGCCGGCGAGACUGUUUCUUGGAUGGGUCCGAGCUUGUCGAGGUUUUUAUUCGACCUUGCGAUAUCUGGAUGUUAUGUAAUGUUCGCUUGCAUUGAAAUAUAUAACGUCGUUGGACAUGGGAUCCUAAAGCUGAGAGAGAGGACUGUUUUCUCCGAAUGUUCGGUUCUACCUACUUUGUAUUUCGCCAGAGAGGAUAAGUGUGAGGGUGUAAAUGUGUCCAUGUACGUAUGUGUAUAGGUGUACGAGCGUAUGUAUGAACGAGAGAGAGAGAGAGAGAGAGAGAGACCGCGGAGUGGUGAAGUUGCGGGGAUCAAUUUCCGCCGAGUAGCGUCGUAGAAUCUCAGUCGUAUCGGCCGCAACUGCGAGCGGUGGUCGACCUGAGGAUCGCGCACGAGGCGCGAAAGUUCCAGUAUCAAGUACGAAUUGACUAGCGUAUGAAUUAAUUUAAAUUAGAUUGUAUUAGGUGUACGCACACACACACACACAUACAAAUAAGUUUGAAAGCGUUUUUAAGACAAUGCAAAACGUAUAUUUGAGAGAAAAGAGCAAUAUAUUUAUUAAUCAAAAUAUGCGCCGUCAUUAUCUAUCACCUUUUGCCAUCGGUCGUGCGACACGAUGAAGUAGUCAACCCAUUUUUGCAGUUCGUCAAAUGUUCGGAAGUAAACUGAAGACAAAGUAUUUUGCAUGGAUCGGAACAAAUGAUAGCCUGAAGGGGCUGUCGGGAUUAUACGCCGGGUGCUCCAAAACUUCCCAUAGCCAAGCGUCAAUAACGUUUCCUUGAGCGAUUUUGCAACAUGCGGUCUGGCGUUAUCAUGGAGCAAUUUUAACGGGACGCAAUCCUUUGCCAAUAAAUGGACGUUUUCGACUGAUUUCCUCGUCCAAUCGCAGCAAUUGUUGCUUGUAGCGAUCAGCAGUAACAGUUUCUUCAUCCAGUAAUGCUUGCAAUUGCUCGUAUUCAACCUUCUGUUGGUAGCGGAGCGCUGCUACGUUCUCGAUCGCUAAUCUCAAAAUCAGCAGCUUUAAUUAAGCCGCUUGAAGCAAAAUUCACACGUGCUUUUCGAUACAGUAUUCUCCCCAAGAACAGAAUAUAUCGAUGCACACGCUUUUGCAGCACUUUUCUCUUGGUGAAAUUCAUAACGAAUGCAAUGACGAAUAAAUGCUUUGUCUCGCUUGCCAUCUUUCACCUACCAACGUUUAAGAACGUUUGAAUGCUGGCCAACUUCUGCGUCGUUUUUAUUACUCUGGACCGGUUACAGUCACGUGACAAAACCGCGGGAGAAUUUUUGAUUUGUAAACCAGCAGUAUACGUCACACAACAAACGCUUUAAAACUUAUUUCUUAUAUUUGCGCAUAUUUUGAUUAAUAAAUAUAUUGUUCUUUUCUUUCAAAUACGUUUUACAUUGUCUUAAAAACGCUUUAAAACUUAUUACACCUAAUACAUAGAUCUAUGGAACCAUGUAUUCAUAAGUACGUUCGCGCAAACGAGGAAGAAAAGAGAGAGAGAGCUAUACGAGCUCGUUGCUUGCGCGAUUGCGUCUCGCUUGACACCGCAGGAGCACCGAAUCGCUGAGGUAGAAACUCAUCCUUGAUUCCAGACUCGUCCGGUCCAGAUCGUUCCCCAGCUCGGCGCAGUCGGACUGCGGAUUGCGCCGCGAGACGAACGGACGAUUGCCGUAAUCUUGCUCUCCUUCCCCCUCCCGACCGUGUAUCCUUCCAUUGUCUUUCACGCUCUUGGGUGUACACUCUUCCAGGGCACUCGCGUGUCCGUGUCCUGAAUGUUAGUUAGCGUUCGCCAGCUCCUCGGUCCAAGGAUGAUUCAGCGGCCGUCGAAUUAGUUCCGUAAGUUCCCAAUACUGCCAAGUCGAUCGGUUUAGAUCCUCGAAUAUGGUCAUUCGCAUUCUCCAUUCACGUCGACAUUCAUCAUCAUCAUUCAAGCGUUCAUUCACUUUCAAUGAAUCGUGCGAACCGCUUUGUCCUUUUCAAGGGAAUCCUGUGUAUCCGCGAUUGCGUGCGGUAGAUUGGACGGAUUUUCUUCUGGAUUGUCAGCGAGCCGAGCGAAUUGUUAAGAGAGAAAUCUGAUGACGCAACGCCGGAAUGUCGUGCGAAAUGCGCUUUAUGCGUUUCAUAUGAGAGAAAGAAAGAGUUUCAAAGGCUGUGCAUAGACCGAAAGAGGGAAAGAAAGAAAGAGAGAGGGAGAGAGAGAGAGAAAGAGAGAGAGAAAAGAAAAACCAAUAGAAUGUAUGCGAGUAUUGUAUUAUAUUUACCUUUUGCCCCUCUUCAAGUACAUCACCGUCAAAAAAUUUAGUAACGGAAAGGUGCAACGAGCAGAGAAAGCUUGAAAUUUAUCCGCGGAUAAAUUACACGACAUAUACAGGAUGUUCAAUUUUAAAGUCUACAGUGUUAUAUUUCGUAAACUGAUGAUUUUAUUGAAAAAUUUUUCAAACAAAAGUUGUAGGGUUCAGAAGGGGACAUCUGACGGUGACCUUGGCUUGACCUUGGAUUGUUGUUUGAAGGUCACGUAAAGGUCAACUUCAAAAUCCUAAAUGGAACCCUCCAUUUUUUAUUGCAUAUUCUUGUAGCCCUUGUCGAGACGUUUCCAAAACACUACCUACUUUUGUCUUUUGCGUAAGCCAUUCCCAAGAUAUGAAGCUUCAAAGUUGACAUACCGUCGGCAUUCGCAUUGCCUGAUGUACACCGCGGGGAGGGGUUGCUCAGUCGGAUUUGUACAUCAUAAUGGCCCUAAAAAGGGCCGACUUCUUUGAAGCUUCAUAUUUUGGG